UCUCUAUCACAAUAGCUCUUCUCAUUAGUUGCUCAAGGGGCUUUGAAUACAAUCCUACACUAGCAGCUGCACUCCAUAGCGCGCAAGUCACAAGGUCCACUAAACUGCGCACGACUUCCUCUGCCCCAAUUCCUCGUGUGGACCGGGGCGUUCCUUCGCUUCCCAGAAUCAAAGACCCACUGACCCAGCCAUUCCCAUUAUUUUAGCUUAUUUGUUACCCCCUCUCUCUCGACUUUCCAAAUAAGAUACAUUAAUGCACAACCCUCGCCCUCUCCGGUCGACAUGCAGAACAAUCACCAUAAGGAACAUCUCUAUAAGAUUCUUGUAAUAGGUGACUUGGGGGUCGGGAAGACGAGCAUCAUCAAGCGCUAUGUUCAUCACAACUUCAGCCCCAACUACCGCGCCACCAUUGGCGUGGACUUCGCCCUCAAAGUGCUCAACUGGGACCAGGAGACGGUGCGCCUCCAACUUUGGGACAUCGCAGGCCAGGAGAGGUUUGGCAACAUGACCCGUGUGUACUACCGGGAGGCCAUGGGAGCCUUUAUCGUGUUUGACAUGACAAGGCCCGCCUCCUUCGAGGCCAUCACCAAAUGGAAGGAGGACCUGGACUCUAAACUGAUCCUUGCCAACGGUAAAAAUGUGGCCACCGUGCUGUUGGCCAAUAAGUGUGACCAGGGAAGGGACGCCCUAACCAACAAUGGGAUAAAAAUGGAGCAGUUCUGCCAGGAGAACGGCUUUGUGGGAUGGUACGAGACCUCUGCCAAGGAAAAUAUCAACAUAGAUGAAGCAGCAAACUGCUUGGUGAAGCACAUCAUCACCAAUGAAAAUGACAUGCUCCAAUCAGAAGAGUCCGACACAAUCUCCCCCCAAUUAGAAAAGAAUGGAGGCGGGACCUGUUCCUCUUGCUUUACAUCUCAGUAAUUUGCUUUUCAAGCAAUCAUUGUCUCUUGGUUUUUUAUCACAAAGAAUAGCAAAGUGUGUGUGUGUGCAUGUGUGUAUGUGUGGGUGUGUGUGAACGCAUGAUCACCCUUUCUGAAUCACCCUGUCCUCUUUUAAGCACACAUUUCUUCUAUUUUUAUUUCCACAUCUCUCUCCAUGUGUGUUCCUCCUUAUCUCCAUAUGCUUGACGCCCAUCUCCUUCUCCUCCUUCCUCAGACCAAUUACAAUCCAAAGUGCGAAGCUAUGGCCCAUCCCAAACAAUCCCUCAAAAUGGCUCCUCAUCCUACCUCAUUCAAAGAUUAGACCCUUUCUCUAAACUUGGUGACACACAAUCCUUUAUUUUAAUGUAAUCUGCACGUUGAUCAUCGACACUAUGACAUUUUGAAUAAGGGAGUCUGAUCAUUUCUGCAUCCAAUAUUGUAAAGUGUUAAACCGCCUAUUUUGAUUAUAUUGACGCGAUUGAAUUGCAUUUAUUUAAUGAACUAUUUGGCGCAACGCACACAGCCGCCUGAUGUCUAGGGGCAAGUCAGGCUCACUGUUAUCUUCAAUUGAUCUACCCACACAAGCGGUGCCAAACACCCUCCCUAGUGAAAAUGUAUGGUGUCCAAUGGGCUUUGGGAGCCUGAAUGCCCCUCUCACGCAGAGCACCAUGGGAGUGGCUGUGUGUGCUGCACUCACAUGUUGGAAAUACUUAACAAUGUGACUUCCUAACUUUGGCAUGGCCUGUUUUAUAAAUAGAAUGAAUAUAUAAAUCUUAUUUAUCUGAUAUUCUCUCUGCAACUCAUACCCAUAAUGGGAAUAUUGCUCAAUAUUUAUAAUAUACUUCUACUACAUAAAACAAGAAAUGUUCCAUCCUUUUAAUUUUUUUUAUUAUAUUGGUUUUUGUAUAUCAACUUUCAAUUUUUAUUGUAUGGCUCAUAUGUUGUAAUAUUUGUUAUAAUAUAAUAAACCGAUCAUAUACAGAUGUACAUAUGAUAUAUUUAGCCCAAAGUAAAGAGUUAUACACUAGAGUUGACCAGUGGUAGACAUGUUAAUAAAAUCAAUUAAUAAAACCAUAGCUUUCUAUACAAA